CGCUCUCCUCUCGCAACUUCAAAAAGAUUGGUGGGCACUGUCAUCACUCUCUUUGGAACACGCCAUUAAAGCAAAUUCCUGAUAAAGCUCCCACACCUUAAAAGUAUCCAUCUUUUUCCACACCCCGACCGAGAUUACGAAACUUCCCCUCUUUCCUGGUUCACAAAAACCUAAAAAUCAUCUUUUGUUGUUGAAAUUGCCCCCUCACAAUUUCGUUUCUUUUUUCACAUCUUUUUCCGAGAAAGUGUUCCUUUAGAUUUCUUUGCUAUCUGGGUUUUGGUCCUUCUGCAAUGAUUCCCUGUUUUGAAUUAAGGAUCGAGAAGUUCUUUAUAUGGGGAAGUGGUACUAGGUUUCACUGUUCAGACACAUCUGAGAAAUGGGUGCUCUCAGAAGAAGCGUUGGUCUGAUCCAGACCAAGGGUUGUUCGAACCUGUUUCCUGGUUUACCAUCUUCACCAGUUCCCAUGUCUCAAUCCAAUGGACCAUUCUCUGGUCUGAUUAUAUGCGUCACUGGUUUAUCCAGAGAUGCGAGAAAGCAAGUCAAGGAAGCCACGGAGAGACUCGGUGGCCAGUACAGUCCUCACCUUCACCCGCAAUGUACCCAUUUGGUUGUUCAGAGCUUCGGUGGACGUAAGUAUGAGCAUGCACUGAAGCACGGGCCAAGAAAUGGUCUCUUCAUUGUCACAAUUGCAUGGUUUGUUGAUAGUGUCAAAAGAGAUGUCCGGAUGAGUGAAUCUCUUUAUAGUGUCAAGAAAGUGGGACAAAACAAUGCAAAUGUGGAUGGAUUGAGCCGAUUUCUUGGACCUGAAAUUGUUUGUCAUUCGGGUACAAUCGACCAAGGUGUACAUUUUGGCACAUCAGAACUUUACUUGGCUCUAUCUCAGCAUUUUGUGUAUGUGGAUUCAGACAUUUCAGAUGAUCUCCGCAAUAAGGUAUUGAGGGUUGCUGAAGAUCAAGGUGCAAAGCCUGUUAAUUCUUGGUUUAUUGGUUCCGGUGCGAGUCUCGUGGUGUGUGAAGGUGCCUCUGUUGGGAGAUAUCUCGGGCAUGUGAACACUGUUGUCUCACCUCUAUGGAUUCUGAAAUCGGUGGAGAGUCGUAUGCAGAGGCUUGUUCACAUAUCGCCUGAUUUAGCCAGGCAUUUAGAACUGAUGCUUGAAAACCUUCAAAAUGGCUCUUCAGAGGAGAGAAUUCGUGAGGAAGAUAACCCUCGGAAUGCUCUCAAAUUAAGUAAAUCAAAACAAGAACGGGAAGAGAUUGUAAAUAUUGCUAAAAAGGGGGUUAGAAAGCGACGCAGUCUCCAUAUGCAGACAUGUCAAAAUCCAAUAAGACAAAUUACACAGAACAGCUUGAUGGAGAAUAUUUGCUGGACAAUAUCUGAACCAACUUCAAGUGCCGCUGUUUUUGCCGAUUCUUGCAGCAGCAGUGACGAGAUUGGUGAACCUCGUCAAUCCGUUUUACCUGAGGGGAAGAAUCCCGGUUCGGAUUCAGUGGCUUCAUUUUCAAACACAACACGACCACUCACUGAGAGUGAGAAGACAAAAGUGAUAUUUAAGGACCACUUCCUCACCAUACUCUUUCCCGUUGAUCGGUUUUCUGAGAUGGGACCUUCCUCGCGGACGUAUUUCAGCGAGAACGGUUUCACAUGCCUCCAAAUAUUGGAUAGUAUCUACAGAUUUUAUCAGGAGAACAUGGCGGAUCAUGAAAUAGAGGCGGCGAUUCACACAGACUCGAGGCAUGCUGAUCGUCUUAGGACAGAGUAUUGCAGCAAAGAGACAUCGAAUCGCGGGUACAUGGUUUUCAGACGAAUAGAGCUUCUUGGGAGCAGGAAGAGCUUUGAAAUGCUGAAGCGCGUCAACGGAGAUAACAACAGUAAUGUAUACGAGCUUGUGAUUAGAGCGUGAGCAUGGUCGCCUCAUUUUUCGGUGUUCACAAAAUACAAAACUGUGUAUCCAAUUCAUGAAUCAGACUUUUUAGAUGCAA